CACAAGGCGAGCGAGGAGGAAAAGAUCACGGAGAUGAGAGCGCAGAUGCAGUCGGAGCUGCAGGAGGUGGAAGCUGAGUUGGAUAUCCUGCACAGAUUCCUGGCGGGAGAGCAGGUCCUGCUGCUCCGGCAGCUCCGGGAGCGGCACGAGGCUCUCCUGGCGCUCCGCAGGCUCCUCACGGAAUCCCAGGCCGCCGCGCGGCAGCACGGGAUGCAGCUUCUCAGGGAUAUCAAAGGAACCAUCAUCCGGUGUAAGAACAUGAAAUUCCAAGAGUCUGAGCUGGUGCCAGUGGAUGUGGAAAAGAAAGUCAGGAAUUGCUUCCUGAAGGAUGUGAUCCUGAGGAAAAUGGAGAAGGUGUUCCAUAAAGUGCCCCAAGCUGACAUCACCUUGGAUCCAUGCACGGCACAUUCACGUCUCAACCUCUCCUUGGAUCUCCGCAGCGUCCGCCUGAGCGAGCGACGCUCCGAUCCCUCCGGAUACACCUCCGGAAGCGACUUAUCCGUCCUGGGAACACCAGGAUUUACUUCCGGACGUCACUAUUGGGAAGUAGAGGUCAAAGGUCGCCGUGGUUGGGCCGUGGGAGCCAUGCAGGAAAACGCUGGAUGUCGGGAGAAAAGUUUGGGAAGAGAAACCACUCCAAGGAGAGAAAUUUGGGCCAUAGGGAGCAACGGGAAGAAAUUCCACGCGCUAACGGCUACAGAGCAGACGGUGUUGGCGCUUCUGGAGCAGCCAAAACGUUUUGGGAUCUACUUAGAUUACGAGCGAGGACAACUUGGUUUUUACGACGCCGAGAACAUGAGUCACAUCCACACGUUCCGCGUUUCCUUCCGACGGCAAAUCUUCCCGUUCUUCCGUGUCCUCGCCAAGGGCACUCGCCUCCGAAUCUGCCCCUGA